AUGUAUGAAAUGGUACCUCAUUCCUGGAUAGUGGAAUGUAUGAGUACAUUCAAAAUCGCAGCAAAUGUGAGAACGUUUAUGGAGAGUAGUAUGGAGAACUGGAAAACGGAGUUAACAUCUUCGGGAGAAAGCCUAGGAAAUGUGAAUAUAAGACGAGGUAUUUUUCAAGGGGAUAGUUUAUCUCCUUUGAUAUUUGUGAUGUGCAUGAUAGCGUUAAGCUUGAUACUGAGAAAGGAAAAGGUAUGGUAUGAAGCUCGCGGAAAAGAACUCAAAAUCAACCAUAUUCUAUUCAUGGAUGAUCUGAAGUUGUUUGGAAAGAACAAGGAGCAAAUAGACUCUCUGGUGAAAACUGUCCAUAUUGUUAGCAAAGACAUUGGAAUGGAAUUUGGGAUAAAGAAAUGUGCAAUGCUUGUAAUGAAAAAGCCGGAAAGAUUGUGGAAUGUAAUGGAAUACAGCUACCUGAUGAGGAAACAAUAAAGUCCGUAGAAGAAGAUGGAUAUAAAUAUCUUGGUAUAUACUGGAAUUCGAUAAAAUUAUGGAGGGUGAAAUGAAGAGAAAAUUUGUAAAGUAAUACGGGAGGAGAUUACAAUGCGUCUACAGUAAGUGGGGCCACUUAGAGAACACUAACCAAUCACAUUGCAGAACAAAAAUUGAAAAAAUUAACAAACGGCGCAUUAGCCAAUCAGCAUUAGGCCAAAAACAAUUUGAACAAAUAAACAAGUGUCAAACGGUAAAAAUAGACUUGUAAAAGUAAACACUGCAGUUAAUGGCUUCCAGAUUUAGGUAAAGAAGUGGAUGGGGAGAAGACAUGGUGGUGAUUGAAGAAAGGAGACUUGAAACCUGAGACUGAAGCACUUCUGUGCGCUGCACAAGAACAAGCUCUAAGGACAAAUUAUGUAAAUUUUCACGUAGAUAGAACUGUUGAGUCUCCACUCUGUAGACUUUGUGUGGAAAAGGGAGAGCAUAUAACACACUUGAUAUAAGUGAAUGCAAGAAGCUAGCACAAGAAGAAUACAAAAGAAGACAUGACAAUGUGGCACGCAUUGUACACUGGAAGCUAUGUGGUUUCUACCAACUAGAGAAAGCUGAGAAAUGGUAUGAACACUAACCAAAUCGAGUAAUUGAAUCAGAUAAUGUAAAAAUUAUAAUAGUUUUGUUUGUGGAAACACCACGUAAAUUUAUUGCUGCAAACAAUUUAUUACUUUAACAAUGUAAAGAUUCUCUGGGAUUUUAGCAUACAGUGCGAUCAUGUGAUUGAAUGUCGAAGACCUGAUAUUGUAGUGGUUUUAAAGAAGGAAAAGGAGUGCAAGAUCAUAGAAAUCGCAGUUCCAGAGGACUGUAUAGAAUUGGUAUAAAAGAAACAGAGAAG